UCUUUCUUUCCGCUCUCUACUACUCAGCUGCGCAGCAAUCACAAGAAUGAAGAAUUUGUUUAUUCAUGAAAGUGAAGAAUAAGAUUGUUUUGUUGAUUGAAUCAUGAUCUUUCCCCUGGAAACUUAAAGUAAGUUUAUUUGAUUGAUCUUUAUUGAAACCCCUGCUGUUUACUAGAUGUUAAUUAGAAAUAGCGACAAUCUCAUGAUCAAAUUCAGAAAGGAAAAAUAAAUAAAUAGAUUCAUCAUCAGGUUAACCUAUAAGCCACACGAUUUGUAGUUAGAUGGUUUUAUAUGCACACCAUAAUUUGUGAACAUAAUUUAGCAAUUCAUGAGAAAAAGGAAAUUGAACUAUUUUUUGAAAUUUAGCAAUUCAUGAAAAAAAAAAGGAAAUCUAAAUUGUGUUUCCUAAUUUGGGUUGAUUUCGUCUUAAUGUUAUUGAUUGAAGCCUAUAUAAGAGGCCUAGUAGUAUUGUAGGUUAUUGUCUGAUCUAUCAAAGUAAUAGUCAUUGUUCUCCAAAAUAAGCGGAUCAAUUUCAAUUAUUUUUAUUAGUUAUUGUCUGAUAUUAUUUUUAUCAGUCAAGCUCAUUGUCAGUAUCAACCAAAAAAUUGUCUGAUUUAUCAGUUAUUUUUCUCCAAUAAACGGAUCAAUUCGUUAUCAUCAUGGCGGCAUUAGACAGUGUGACUGAAGGUUUAAAGAAACUGGAAUACCUGUCAUUAGUAUCAAAGAUGUGUAUCGAACUUGAAUCACAUAUAGGUUUUACAGACAAAGUAUUAGCCGAAUUCAUUACUGAAAUUGGUCGUGAUUCUCAUUCCAUUGAUGAAUUUGAUACAAAAUUGAAAAACAAUGGUGCUGAAAUGCCUGAUUAUUUGGUUCGUACGCUGUUUACAAUCAUUCAUGCUAUUCUCCUCCCAUCGUCUAAAUCUAUGAAAGACGGUGAUGAGCCUGUGUUUAAAUCUUUUUCUAUUGCUGAUGGUAAAGCUAGAGUUAAUGAAUUAGAGAGAGAGAUUGAGAAAGAAGCUAGAGAUAAACAGAGAGAAGAAGAGAGUACAGGUAACGAAAGAGAUAGAGAUGGUGGUAGAGGAUGUAGAGAUAGAGAUGGUGGCAGAGAUAGGGAGGCGGAUUAUCGGAGUGGUGGUGGUGGUGGAAGAGAGAGGCAUAAUAGAGAUAGAGAGAGAUAUGAUGAAAGAGAUGGCAGAAGAGGGGAAAGGUUUAGAGGUGAAGAGGAUGACCAAGGUUAUGACAGGAGGGAGGGUAGAGGAAAGGAAAGGGAUCGCGGUUGUGGUGAUGGUGGUAGAGAAAGGGGAAGGAGAAGGGAUGAGAAUGAUGAUGUUAAUAGAGGAGGAGAUUAUAGGAGUGAAAAGAUUGACAGGCGUCAAAUUCUAUGGAAGGAGCCUGAAUUGUACCAUGUGUAUGCUGGUAGGGUUGCGAGCGUGAUGGAUACAGGGUGCUUUGUGUCAUUGAAUGAUUUCAGAGGUAAAGAGGGUUUGGUUCAUGUGUUACAGAUGGCAAAUCCAAGGGUUACAAAUGCUAAAGAAGUUGUCAAACGGGAUCAAAGUGUGUUUGUUAAGGUGAUUUCUUUGUCGGGACAGAAGAUGAGUUUAUCGAUGAGGGAUGUUGAUCAGGAUACUGGGAAGGAUCUUCUUCCUAUUAAAAAGACUGCGGACGAUGAAUCACACUGGACGAAUCCUCAAGGUUCAAUUCGCGGUUCGACUUCUCGAAUCGGGCUUUCGGGGAUUAGAAUUUUGGAAGAGGAUGAUGAAACUGUUCCUUCACGCCGUCCGUCAAAGUGGAUGAGCUCACCAGAAAAAUGGGAAGCCAAACAGUUAAUUGCUUCUGGUGUUCUGGAUGCUAGUGGGUUUCCUAAUUUUGAUGAAGAUGGGGAGCCUGAAAUGCUGUAUCAAGAAGAGGGCGGCGAGGAAGAGCUCGAGAUUGAGCUGAAUGAAGAUGAACCAGCGUUCUUGCAAGGGCAGAGUCGGUACUCUAUGGAUAUGUCACCAGUUAAGAUAUUCAAGAAUCCUGAAGGUUCUUUAAGUCGUGCAGCAGCACUUCAGUCUGCUCUGAUAAAGGAGCGUAGAGAAGUACGGGAACAGCAGCAGCGGACAAUGCUUGAUUCAAUCCCAAAGGAUCUCAAUCGUCCAUGGGAGGACCCAAUGCCGGAGAUGGGAGAAAGACAUCUUGCACAGGAGUUGAGAGGAGUUGGGUUAUCAGCUUACGAUAUGCCCGAAUGGAAGAAGGAUGCCUACGGGAAAGCACUGACAUUUGGACAGAGAUCUAAGCUGUCCCUCCAGGAACAAAGGCAGAAUCUACCAAUAUACAAAUUGAAGAAAGAGCUGGUGCAAGCUGUGCACGAUAACCAGGUACUGGUUGUCAUUGGAGAAACAGGUUCAGGAAAGACUACUCAAGUGACUCAGUAUCUCGCCGAGGCUGGUUACACAACCAUAGGUAAAAUUGGAUGUACACAACCUCGUAGGGUUGCUGCUAUGUCAGUAGCAAAAAGGGUGGCCGAAGAAUUUGGUUGCCGUUUGGGUGAAGAAGUUGGUUAUGCUAUCAGGUUUGAGGACUGCACUGGACCUGAUACUGUAAUCAAGUAUAUGACGGACGGUAUGCUUCUUAGGGAGAUUUUGAUUGAUGAAAGCCUCUCCCAGUACUCUGUUAUCAUGCUUGAUGAAGCUCAUGAGAGGACGAUCCAUACUGAUGUCCUUUUUGGUUUACUCAAGCAACUCUUGAAUCGAAGACCUGAACUUCGGUUGAUUGUAACAUCUGCCACUCUAGAUGCUGAAAAGUUUUCUGGUUAUUUCUUCAAUUGUAACAUCUUCACCAUUCCUGGGAGAACCUUUCCAGUUGAGAUCAUGUACACAAAACAGCCAGAGAGUGAUUAUUUGGAUGCUUCAUUGAUCACUGUUCUUCAGAUCCACUUGACUGAACCCGAGGGCGAUAUACUUCUCUUCUUAACUGGUCAGGAGGAAAUUGAUCACGCUUGUCAGUCCCUUUACGAGAGAAUGAAAGGGCUUGGGAGAAAUGUGCCAGAGCUGAUUAUCUUGCCUGUUUACAGUGCUCUUCCUAGUGAAAUGCAAUCAAGAAUAUUUGAUCCUGCUCCUCCUGGGAAGAGGAAGGUGGUCGCAGCUACUAAUAUUGCUGAGGCAUCCUUGACUAUUGAUGGUAUAUUCUACGUUAUUGAUCCCGGAUUUGCAAAGCAGAAUGUGUAUAACCCGAAGCAAGGACUUGAUUCACUUAUCAUCACUCCCAUCUCACAAGCAUCUGCUAAACAACGAGCUGGACGUGCUGGUCGUACUGGACCUGGGAAAUGUUAUCGGCUUUAUACUGAGAGUGCUUAUCGUAAUGAGAUGUCCCCAUCUUCCAUACCAGAAAUACAAAGGAUAAACCUUGGAUCUACUACACUGCAAAUGAAGGCGAUGGGAAUAAAUGAUCUACUUUCUUUUGACUUCAUGGAUCCGCCUUCACCGCAGGCUCUAAUAUCUGCCAUGGAGCAGUUAUACAGUCUAGGGGCCUUGGAUGAAGAGGGGCUUCUGACCAAGUUGGGUAGGAAAAUGGCAGAAUUUCCACUUGAUCCUCCUAUGUGUAAGAUGCUCCUCGCAAGUGUCGACCUUGGAUGCAGUGAUGAGAUUUUAACAAUCAUUGCCAUGAUUCAGACGGGGAACAUCUUUUACAGGCCUAGAGAGAAGCAGGCACAAGCAGAUCAGAAGAGGGCAAAGUUUUUUCAGCCCGAGGGAGAUCAUCUCACGCUUCUUGCUGUUUAUGAGGCAUGGAAGGCAAAUAAUUCUUCUGGACCAUGGUGCUUUGAAAACUUUGUCCAGUCGAGAUCUUUGAGGAGGGCGCAAGAUGCAAGAAAACAACUUCUCACCAUCAUGGACAGGUAUAAGCUUGAUGUCGUGUGUGCGGGAAAGAAUUUCUCCAAGAUAAGAAAGGCAGUUGCUGCAGGAUUCUUCUUCCAUGCAGCUAGGAAGGACCCUCAGGAGGGUUACAGAACACUAGUGGAUAACCAGCCUGUUUACAUUCACCCAAGCAGUGCUCUUUUUCAGCGUCAGCCAGAUUGGGUGAUUUACAACGAGCUGGUAAUGACUACAAAGGAGUACAUGCGUGAGGUAACAGUUAUUGACCCUAAAUGGCUAGUUGAUUUGGCCCCAAGAUUCUUCAAAGCUGCAGAUCCCACAAAGAUGAGUAAAAGAAAGCGACAGGAAAGGAUUGAGCCACUGUAUGAUAGAUAUCAUGAGCCAAAUUCAUGGCGUUUGAGUAAACGCCGUGCAUGAUUUUUGUACCUUUUUUUUUUCCUGCUUUAAUCUUGUAAAAAACGAUCAAAGUGGAGUAAUUUGUAAAAGAUAAUGUAGCUGGACUUAACGUAGUAUUUAUGUCCCUCAAUUUACUAACAAAACCCCAAUUUUGUGUA